CUUCACUUGCAAACGCGAAUAUCCGCCUUUCGUUGUGGAGCGAUCAUCCCACACGGUUUUGUGCACUUUGGUCUCCCGCUAUGGAUGCAAUACAAGUCAGUUCGAACGUGCGAUGGACUCAGUUAGAUGGCAUACCAUGAAUGAGCAGAGUGAACAAAUGUCUGCCUGAGGUCUUAUCCGAUGUUUCGCCUUCAAGAACCUGUUUGGAUGUUCGUCGUGCGCAACGCUCUGGAUUACCAUCCCCAACAUAAUCAUCCGUCAUCUUGGAUGGUCUUGGGACGCAUGUCAUGGUCGUGGUAUCGAACGCGCAGAACUUCUUGCCAUUGUCCAACAAGUCGACUGACAAUCAUAUUUCGCGGUCAAUAGUCGUGCAAUGGUAAUGAUUUUGUGGACGUUUCACAUACUGCAAGCACGACAAUUCCAGGAACCGUCCCUUUGCUUUGCACUGUCGCAAGACGCCAGUUGAGAUUCGUAGUUCAUGCGAUCGUCUGUACUCCCAAUCCAUUGCGACAUGAACCUAUGCCUUCCCUAUAGCUCAGGUCACUCGUUGAAGAUAAAUAAUGGUGCUUACUGGCCAGGCCACGUUGGGCAGAAUGCCGCUGCCGUAGUCAUGAAGGUAGUGACGACCAAAACGAAGUUCAAAUACUGGUUCAUUGAGGGCAUGUCGGAGUGCGCUGAUUACGACUUAGGUGGGGGCCGUUUGUUGAUGCCUAAGGGUGGAUUGGUGGAACCGAAAUUGGUGAAAGUACCGAUGUCCUAUUCGCUUUAUAUUGUGAGGUUCACCUCUCAAUGCAUGCGUGGCAGACGUGUUACCUCAAGAUGCGGCUGCCGAAUAUUUGGAAGCUACACCGAGGACAGCCGCCUCAUUUCAAAGGUAUCGAGCAUUUGUCAGAAGACCUUAUCCUGUUCGUCACAGGCGCAGCUAUCGUAUGGAAAAAUGUGGAUAAGAAAUCAACUAUGCCACGGUUGGAUUUUUUUCGCGACUUCAAUACCCACGCUACGCCCAUUCAAAGAAUCUGUCUGUUCACUACGAGCCAAAUGCGACCGAAACGUAUUCGUCGUUUCGCCCAUCGUGCAUGCAUCAUGGCAGAGUAAUGCGCAUGCGAGUUGAACUCGCUGGCUAGGCCAAACUUGACGAAGAUCUGCAACGAUAGCCAUAACACGGUUACUGCCAGGCCACACUUGAAUGACCUAAUCGUUGAAUGCGUCGGACUGAAGACGGGAGUGCUGACCGGUUCUGUGGACGUCAUAGAGGUCCUUUUCUCUUCUAUAACGAAUAAAUUGGACUUAAGGCUUUGUGACAUCUUGAAGAAGCGUGGAAGAUAUAUCCAUAUUCAAGUUAGCACCCUUGGGGCUGUCGUUAAUGUGAAGUAUGUGAUGGUGGCGGCAAAUAAUUCGAUGGCUCGAAAGACAGUUCCGAUUCUGACGGAGGCAAUUCAUCCCGAUGACUCAUUUUCCGGGAAGCCCAAGCAAGUUGGUCGAU